GAAUCGAAUGGGAUUAAUUGUCAUGCGCGACAAAUUUAAUUGAGCCGUAAUUCAAUUUAAUUGUGAUCGAACGGUAACAUCAGUCUAUUCGUUCAGUAUUCACUUUGCUAUCAGUUGCAUCGCCCUGACAAAAAAACGUGAUUCAUUAUGCCAGAUCUACGACGAGACGAUAUUGAAGAUGCUGAAUUCGUAUUCACAAUCUACGAUUGCGAUGGAGAGCAAAACAAAAUCGAUGCCAAUGAUCUUGGAGAUGUGUUAAGAGCACUCGGUUGCAAUCCAACCCUGGCAUAUAUCAAAAAACUUGGCGAAACAGAAAAGCGUGGCGAGAAAAUUAUUCCGAUCGAAGAAUUUCUGCAAAUAUUCAACGAAGUGAAAAAUCAAAAAGAUCAAGGCUGUUACGAAGAUUUCAUCGAAUGUUUGAAAUUGUACGACAAAAGAGAGGACGGCAAAAUGGUACUCGCUGAAUUAAGUUACGCUUUGCUUGCGUUAGGUGAAACGUUGACCCAAGAUCAAGUAGAUGCGGUCUUUGCUGAUUGUAUGGGCGAAGAGAAUGAUGACGGUGAAGUCGAUUAUAUUCCAUUCUUGGCGAAAAUGUGUGGAAAGGAAUAAAGAGAAAACUGACUGGACAUCAUCACAUGGCUUUUCUCUGUUAUUCUCUAAUCGACAUUGACGAACACAUAUUUAAUGAACAAUGGACACGCAUUCUUCCAAUCGAUCGUACAACAAAUUCCUAAUAAAAUUCGUUUUGCAUUGGAUAUCGAUUUCAAUUAUACUACUACCCAACAAAGAAAUGGUAAACAAAUUAGCAGUAGGGACUUUGUCAAUAUAAUGAAGCUACGCAAAAAAAAAAUA